GCGAAGGAGCUCAUGUGAGACGUUUGAUGCUGAUACGUUUCGUUCAAAGAGUCUUGGAGGUGGUGCGCUGAGCCCGAUCAAGGUGAAUGUUUUCCUGGUGGAAGAAGGUGUGCAUGCAGCGUGGUCAUCUCUAAGUGCCAGAUUUUGUGAAGAUCUUGCCAUGCACGACCUCCGCCUCUAG